UUCAGUCCACAUCCUGUCACCUCCGUGGCAGGAUCAAUUUGAGGUUAUGUAACCUCAUUACUCGUGCGCGCCAUACUCACUUCGUCCAAUAUUUUGUCUAAUUAUGCAAUUAUUCUCGCUGCACCGUUAGUUCCAAGUGAUUUUGAACGGAAAUGCUACUACCUCUUCCCUUCAUUAGUUGUGUUUUUGUGCUCCAGUGUUAUUGUUUUGUGUGGCCAGAUUUGCAUUGAAAAACUUCGCUCCGUGUUGUCAGUUGGCUUUCCCGUGCUCAUUUGUUCGUAAAUGAAUGUUUAUAGCAUUAAUCUCAAAUGAAACUGAGAUAAAAACAGUCUGCAAUUAAUAGAACGUGAGAUAGAGUACCUAUUUUAUGAAUAAUUGACUGCUAGCUGGCUGAAAGAAUUGGGUUAUGCAAGAAUGACUUUUUAGACAACAUGCUUUCAACUCUAGAUGUUGUACGGAAACGGAAAUCAAAAGCCUUGAUUGCAAAAUGUUGUUAGUGAUGGGCAGUGAUUAGUAUUGUUAUGGCUUUUAAGAAAAGGUUAUCACCGAGUGAGUGUGUUUUGGAAACUAGUUCCUCAGUAGGGAGAAGACCACACAGUUAUCAUGGCGGGUUUAAAAAGGCUGAGGUAUUGAAAACUGCAGCAAAUAAACCUAAACCUUUAAAAAGUGGUGUCAGGAGUGGUACUAAUAGAAACAGUGGAGUAAACCUGUUACUUUGUUCAUGGGGCACUGGUGAUGACUCAAUUUGUGACUCGGGAUUGAGUGACAGUGUUAUCGCGACACGCGCUGACGUUAUCACUGAAAAACCAUCCGUUACAAGUAACGGUGACCGAAGUAGCAGUGAAGCGAAUAUUGCAAGUAGCAGUUUCUCCAGAGGAGGUGCAAACAUUUUCAACCGACGCUCUCUGUUCAUGGUUGGAGAGAGGAGGAAACAAGAGCCAUGUAGUAAGAGUCACACGUGGAAGUUCCAUCGGCUAUCUACUGUUAGCCAUGAGGCGCGAGUGAUGGGAGACGAGGUAGGCGGACCUGGGAGCCCGGAAAAGCCGGCACCCGGCACCACCACCUUAAAGGUGCACCUUCCCAAUGGCGGCUUCAACGUCGUCAGAAUCGCAGAAGCAUCUGAUAUCAAGGAGAUAAUUCAACUAGUCACAAGUCGUUUAGCAUCCAGUCCUCGUGAAUUCCAAAGAUGUUAUGCUAUGCGACUAUCUCACUCGUCAGGCCAAGUUCAUUGGCUACAACAGGACAACACUAUGUUUCAGGCAAAGUUGGGCAGUUUGGUCCGCAAUGACUAUAUAUCGAGUGACUGGGGCGCAAGAGUUGAUCAAGAAAUAGCCAUUCAACUGUGCGUUCUAGCAAUGAGGCAUUACAUCAGAGAUAUGUCCAAUAUAUCUCUCGAUAAGAAGUCUGGACUUGAUUACAUUGAACGUGAGGUGGGUCUCACUAAAUUCAUACCUAAACAAAUUUUCGAUGCAGCCAAGCAAAAAAGUCUCAAGAAAGCGAUUCUGUCUUAUGCAAAGAAAGCAAAUCAACUUGGUGAACGGGAUUCUAUGUUCAAGUUCCUCGACCUACUGAAAUCUCAGUACACACACUAUCAUGAAAGAUUUCAGUGUUCUCUAGGGGCUGGCUGGUCGAUCCCAGUAGAAUUAAUUAUAGGACCUGACAUAGGAAUAUCGUACACUACACACAAAGCCACUGUAUCGACUACGAUGUCAGAAUUCUCAGCGGUGGAGAGUCUUCAGACCCUUGUAAUGGACUGCGCGAAGCAUUGCAAAGUGAUGUUGAAACUACAUGUUAGUGGUGAAACCGAACCCAUCACAAUAACAUGUACCUCGCACGCACAAGCCGAGAGCUUGGCGGAUCUUAUAGAUGGCUAUUGCAGGCUCGUCAAUCAGACCGAUGUCUCGCUCUGGUCAAGAGAAGCUGUCGUUUGGAAACGUUUCCCGUGUCCCUGUGCUGCAAAAGAAACCUCAAAGCAUCGCAAAGUUACUGAUGGCUCGGGAACAAUCCUAUCUGAAGACUAUGCCGAAAUAGUCGAUGAAGAAGGAGAUUAUUCCACUCCAGCAACACGUGACUAUGAACUUGCUCGCAGCCAAAUAGAGCUGGGUGAGACGAUAGGCCAAGGACAGUUUGGAGAUGUUCAUCAGGGAACUUGCAAAUUGAAGAGCAACGAUACUCCCUUACCUGUUGCUAUCAAAACCUGUAAAGCCGAUGCUGAUCUAGCUACGGCUGAAAAGUUCCUAGAAGAAGCUUAUGUUAUGCAACAGUUCCAUCACGCACACAUCAUUCGACUGAUCGGUGUGUGCUCGGAAUCGCCCAUCUGGAUAGUAAUGGAGCUUGCCAGGUUGGGAGAACUGCGCGCCUACCUCAGGGAAAAUAGUCCACGACUAGACUUGGCAACACUGCUUCUGUACUGCUUCCAACUCAGCACUGCCCUCAGCUACCUCGAGUCAAAGAAAUUCGUGCAUAGAGAUAUAGCAGCUCGUAAUGUCCUAGUUUCGUCACAUUAUUGCGUGAAGUUGGCUGAUUUUGGGCUCUCCAGGUGGGUCGAAGACCAAAGCUACUAUAAGGCUUCAAAAGGCAAGUUGCCUAUCAAGUGGAUGGCACCAGAAUCUAUAAGCUUCCGCAGGUUUACUACAGCUAGUGAUGUUUGGAUGUUCGGUGUGUGCAUUUGGGAGAUCCUUAUGGUUGGAGUAAAACCAUUUGAAGGCGUGAAGAAUAACGAUGUGCUCGGAAAAAUAGAGAACGGCGAACGUCUCCCUCUCCCUCCGCGCUGCCCACCAAAUCUCUACAGUCUCAUGUCUCUGUGCUGGUCGUUUGAGCCUUCAAAGAGGCCACCAUUCAAGGAGAUCAGGGAAGCCCUCAAUGAAAUCCUAUUUGAAGAACGAACCCAACAACAAGAGACGAUGCGAAGGGAGAAUAGAAGAGUCCAAGCCACUUCUUGGGGUUCACAGGCAUUCGACGAUCUACCUCCACCGAAACCAUCGAGACAUCCGAACGCGUCGACGAUGGACCUGACGGCGUCAAACCUGUCGCUGGGUGGCGACGCGUUGGCGGCGGGUGGCGAGAAGGGGGCUCCAGUCGUGUCGACCUACAUCGUCGCUCAGAAUCCUGAGGUGCUUGUCCAUCUGUUGCGCGAGAACGAAGCGCGCGGGGUCAAUCCAUCGGUUUACACGAUGCCCGCCUCGGCAUUCAACACUCUGGCGGUAGAUUUCAAAGAUAAAGAUGGGGAGGCUGCUUCUAGCAGCGAAGGUGGUGGCUCUGAGGGGAACGCAAUUGGUGGCGGGUUAGUUUUAAGUCGUAAUGUUUCCCAAGCGCCCUCCAAAAACUCAACCGCCUCCUCUUCGUCAGGCGUCUACUCCAGUGGCUCGUCCUCUCCCUCUCUAGUCGCACUCUGCACCAAAACGCCUUCAUUACCCUUGAGUGAGUGGGAGUUAUCCACCGAAACAAAACCUACCGAUAGGUAUGGUAGAGGGACACUGGGUGAAGUUGAUGAGGGUUGGCAGAGUAAAACCGGCAGCACAUACGUUGACAAAUACGCCAAUUUCGAACCCACUCACUCAAACACCAGUAGUCUUGAUCGUAAAGGGGACACUAGACACAUCUCUCCCAUCACUAACAUCCAAGGCAUUGAAGCGGCUGAUAAAACAGAUCUCUCUAAAUUCAGAAUGAUAGAGCAGCCACGAAUAGAACCCAAACAGCCCAACCGAGGGACCGAGAUAUAUGACUUUGGUAGGAACCUACGUAGUGAUGAUAUUGAUCUGAAAGGCAAGCGUCCGACAGGAGUAUUUGCUUCUGGAAAUCCUGUAGCUGCGACAGGGAUGUUCGGUUCGGGCAAUCCUGUCGUUCAGAUGGGGGAAACUGUUUCCAAAAAUGCAAUACAGUAUAGUAGUAGUAGCUUUGCUCCAGCUAAUCCUGCUAUGCAGAUGGGGGAAACUGUUACUAAAAAUGUGAUGCAGUACGGUAGUAGUAGCUUUGUUGAGGAACGUCAAAAACAACUGAGCGAGAGUGCCAACAACUCUCUACGUCGUCGCCCCCUUCCCCAGGUGUUAGAUUCGCCUGCUGAUGUCCUUUUUGUGAAGUCGUCAUCGUCGCCCCUGCAUCCCAAUCCCAACAAGUCGCUGCCUCGCAAUUUUGGCGCGAGAACAGUGACCUCGAUUGCUUCGUCGCCGUCGGCUAACGCGUCUCUUGAGACGAGCUACGCGGUCGGAGUGCCCAUGAACGUGGCUUCGCGGUCGCUCACUCGGAAGAACCCGAAUGCUGGCGCUUGUGUGAUCGCCAGAGCGACGCCGGUCGUGGGUCUUUCCAGGUCGGUGCUGUCUCGUCACGGAUCGAAAUCGUCAAAUAUAGAUGACGAUGACUUCGAUGACCUUCCACCGCCUCCAUCCUCUGUCCUGGACAUCGGUGAUCAGGGAGAUAGCCAUUUGGAUAAUUCAGAUUUACCACCUCCUCCAGACGACAAUAGCUUGGAUGCCGAGAGAGCAGCCCUGGAGCAGAAACUUCGAAAGCAGAUUCGUGAAAGCCAGGAGGACUCUCAGUGGCUUGCUGAGAAGGAGAUUAACCUACGAAAGCGCCUAUCGGCUGCGGCGAGCAUCUCAGACACGGACUCAAUCGACGGCACAGCUUCCCCUCCCGCCAGCACCUCUACUCACGUGAACGAGACACCAACCUCCGCAGUGCUGCAUCCUCAGCCACCACCACCAGCCACUGCCUCCUCAAUCAUCAUCGUCAAGAAGAUGGAGCCAACCCCAACCGCCGACCUCGAUCGCACCAACGACCGAGUCUACGACUGCACCACUAGCGUCGUCAAGGCGGUCAUGUCUUUGUCACAAGGUGUACAACAGAGUGAAGCAGACAAGUACCUGGACUUGGUGCGCCAGGUUGGCUUGGAGUUGAGAGCCCUGUUGACGAGUGUUGACACACUGGUGCGUGUGUUCCCCGUGUCCGCACAUCGCGAAGUCGAAAUGGCUCAUCAGGUGCUCAGCAAAGACAUGACUGAACUGGUUGGUGCCAUGAAGCUAGCACAGCAGUAUAGUACCACUACGCUCGAUUCCUUGUAUAGGAGAGGAAUGCUAUCAGCUGCUCAUGUGCUGGCAAUGGAUGCGAAAAAUCUGCUCGAUGUGGUUGAUGCAAUACGCAUGCGCCAUGAGGAAGUGGACGAGAUAAUGAAGCUGCCUCCCAAAGAACUGCUCGCUCUAAUCGAGAAUGCCAGUCGAGCAUCCAGUGCUACCAAUGAACCUCCGCCCAACGUAUCUACCCACCAUCCGUCUACGUCUGUACCUUCUGAAGCCGGUGUUGUUUACCAACCAUUAUCAGCGAUUGUGAUGAGUGGUUCAACCGCACAACACAUGACCAGUCACAUUUAUAACAAUCACGUCCAAGCAGCAGUGCGGGUGCAGCCGCAAAUAUCGCAAACCUACCAGAACGUGCAGUCUGUGAAGGCGUGCGAGCCAGAGGCAGCUAGUGGCCCGUUGCCUCAAGACAGGCCUGUCGUCCCACCUGCGCAGGUCACCAUGACAUCUGCCAGCUAGCAGCAAGAGUCUGGGGUGGGUGAAUCCACCUAUGCCAACGUCCAAUUCUAGUGUAAAUUCAUCCUGAAGAAUGCGCAAAGUGUAUAGUAAAGUGUGAAGGAUGACCAUUUAUAGAACUGAUGUGUAAGUAAAAUGUGAAAAUUUAUAGAAGUGAAGUGUGACAGGUUGAAGUUUCAUAGAACCGCUGUGUAAAAGUCCACCUAUUCCUGGGUAAUUCUGGCUAUUCCUAAAAAAACUGUAAAUCAUGGGAUAAAGUGUGAUAGGUUGAAGAUUCGUAGAACCGCUGUGCCACAACAUGUUUUGUACUAAACAUUUCUACAUAUUUCUGCUUAAUUCUAUAAUCUAUUCCUCAAGCAUACUGUAAAACAUAAAAUUAAGAGGAUGAUGAUGAUGAUGAAAAUAAACACUGGUUUCGGAUAUGUAGAAGUUUUCCAUAAUAAAAUGUAAUAAACAUAUUACAAUACAUUUUUAUACAAUUACUGGUACCGGUACCCUCUAUUCUUUUUCUAAGACACGGCUGUUUUCGGACAAUUAUGCCAUUAUCAAGUGUCCAAAAUUUGGAUCUUGAUCUAUUAUCAUUUUUGGACACGAUAAUGGCAUGAUUGGUUGUGUCUUCAAAACAUAAUAAAGGGCACUAGUAAUCUAUGAAAAAAACUAUCGAGUAGCAUUGUAAAGAUAAAUAUAUAAUACUUCCUCAAUUCUGAUUGUACUACUUGAAUGUUCAAUUGUAGAGAAUCAUGAGUACCCAUAUUAUAUUUUAUAUAAAAUACAACUAGUUUCGGUGAUAAUGUAUUAUCAAUUAUUAUUUUUUAAAAACACUUUAAAAUGGCAUUAAUGCCGAAACUAGUCAUGUUUGAUAUAAAAUAUAGUAAGGAUACUAGUGAUUCCCUAUAAUUAAUAAUACCUUUCACUUGGUUUGCGUUUUUCUCAAGCUGAAAAAGUCGAAGUAUUAAGUCUCCAUUUACGUGGAACAUCAUAUACUAAAACCAUAAUUCAUUGGAAAUAACCCAUCGCUGAACUGAAUAUUUCAACGUGGAGCUAUUCUUUGGUGCAUUUGUAAAAUGUUUCUUAUUAUAUUGAGUAUAAAUCUCUCUUAGUCUUUCACUAAUUACUCUAUACUUUGCGCAUCAUAUACGUAGUUAUAGUACAUUUUGAAUAGAGCAUUUCUAUGCUGUAAAUUUGAUAACGUAUUAAUUUAGCUGUAUUGUGUACGAUCAGUUCUAUGAAAUGAACCUUCAAGAUAUAAUCAAUAUAUUAAUAGACAAAGGAUCCGUUAUUUUUUAGUUUACUGAAUGGGCUACAAUACAAAGUCUCGCAAUCUAAAACCCUACUUGAAAUAUUAAUAUCAUCAAUAUGGCUCAUGCUACUCCACAUGUGUGGAUCAUGGUUGAUUAACAAGAAAUGAGGGAAAAUCUAGUAAUACUUGUCUUUGAACAAAAACAAUAAUGUGUAACAAAUUAGAUAUUCUAGCAGGGAAUGGAGUUGAACAUCAAAUAGAGACAUAGACACGUUUAAAAUUCAUUAAUUAUCAAAUAAUUCAUGACAUUUAUUCAUAGUAUAAUUGCAUUCCAUGAUUGUUGAGGAAUAAAAAGAGGUAACUGAGCGUACACAAUACAGAGUAUUUCACAAUCAACUAUUGAAAUGUUUAAUAUAACAGUGUCUAAGCAAGAGCACUUAAAAACGAAUGCUAUGUGCUAUCAAAAAAUAUGGUCUAGCUUCUUGAAAUCUCUUCGCCCAUUUUUAACCACAAAUAGAUAUCAUCAAUAGGCUUAACUAUUUCGACAUCAAUAAUCAUUAUUGUAGUUUUGAAUUUUUUCUCAAAAUUACAGUGAAUUAUCGUCUCAGCAUAACUUGUCCUAAUGUAGAUUCAAUAGACAAUGAUCAUCUCUCAUAGUAGUUAUAUCAAAGAUACUUAACCAUUCUGUGUUAUCAGACCUGUGUUAUCAGUAUGUAUGUUUGUAUGUCGACUGCACUAUCUGAACAAUAUAUUUAUGCCAAAUGCUUUUACAUUUUUCCUCUAUCUAUUAACUUGGUAAAGAAAAGAUUCAUAUGUGUUCUUGAAUGCUACGAACUGAAACUUAGUCCUAUUUGUUGGUGUUUUGUUAAUGUAUUGCACAAUUAUUUAGUGAAAUGUCUUCAUUCGGAAUAGUAGAUUGAGAUUAUAUUCUAAUUCAAUUCUGAAGGUAACAGUGGUUGGAAAGUUGUACAUUGAGUAAAGUAUUUACAUUUAAUACAAAAAUGUAACAUUGAUUGUGUGAUUGAAUAGUUAGGUUCAAUUAUUUUUUAUUCCAUUAGGUACCAAACCCUUAUAUUAUGAUGUUACUUCGAUCUGUUGUAAUUAUUAUAUAAAAUAAUAUGUGUAAAAAAUACUUCCACUUGGAAUAUUGUAUAUUAACAAUUCAUUUGUGUAUUUUAAUGUUUGUUUUUUAAUCAAUUUAUCGAGUGCUAAUAAAGCGUACAAGAGAAA